AUGGCAUCUUCAUCGUCAUGUUCCUCAAGUAUACAAACUAGGUCUGGUCCACUUGAUGGUGACGUGUUGUGGAUGCAACCUAAGCAUGUUUCAGAACAUGUUUGGAAUGGGGAACCAGACAGGAAACUACACAUCAGACGAGCAGUCCCGACGUAUCAAAUCCCAGAGGAAAUUGUUCCUUUGCUUCGACAAUGUGGGUUUUAUUGGAUCAUGAAGAUGGGAUACCUCAAGAUAAAUGCGGCCUUAAUUACUGCGUUCAUUGAAAGAUGGAGGCCCGAAACCCACACGUUUCACCUGAGAUGCGGAGAGGCUACCAUUACUCUUCAAGAUGUGUCAGUUUUAUUAGGUCUGCGUACUAACGGGGCACCAUUAAUUGGUUCAACAAAUCUUGUUUGGGCCGAUUUGUGUGAAGAAUUAUUAGGAGUCAGACCACAGGAAGGCGAAAUUGAAGGCAGUGUCGUCAAAUUAAGUUGGUUGGCUCACCAUUUUUCUCACAUAAAUAUUGAUGAGGGUAACGUUGAGCAAUUACAAAGGUUUACCCGUGCGUGGAUUCUUCGAUUCAUAGGAGGUGUCCUCUUUGUUAACAAAACUAGUAGCAGAGUUUCCUUAAGAUUGGAUAUGAUGAAACGACAUGAGUUUGUCUGGGAGCCAUACACACCAACUGUGAUGGCAGCGUUGUCUCCAAUUUGUGUGGUUGGAAGUGUAGCCUGGUUCGCGGUGGUGCCACUGAUUUGUUUCCAUGUUGUUGAGUGUCACCAACCCGAUAGAGUUUUACGACAAUUUAGAUUGCAACAACCUAUUCCCGAGUGUGCUUCGCAACCGCAGAAUCUCCAUGGCAUAACGCUCAAAGGCAAACAAGAUGAGAAUUGGUUCCACCUGUUGGCCCCAAUGAUUAGUCAGUGGAACAAUUGA